GUCUCGGCAGACGGCAGUUUGAUUUUAAUGACUGCUUACCAUGGAGCUCGGUAUAAAUUAAAUAAUAAAUUCAAUUCCCAACUCUAUAAUAUCUGGUAAGUAUUCAGUCUCUCCCAAUUUAUAUUACAAUCUAAUCUUGCUAUAAUGACGGCUGCCCCCUCUUUUGACAUUCCGGCUGGUACCAUCGCCCAUGUAUACAUCAUCAAUACCGAUGUUUACCUAACCAAUCUUGCUACUGCCGCCCUACUAACCCCUAGCAUCGAUGGGUUCGACAAAUUUCGACCGUUGGCGUCCUGGUCUUUUUUGAUCCAGAGUUCAAAAGGCGAGAAAGUGCUGUUCGACCUAUCAAUACCCCCAGAUCCUGCCAGCUACUCUCCAGCCAUAUUGGAGAUGCUCGAUGCGGUAUCUGCUUCGGUUGAUGGGAAUAAGCACGUUGCGGAUGUUCUCAGAGGCGAUGGUAUAGACCCUGCUGACAUAGGUAGCGUCAUCUGGAGCCACCACCAUUUCGAUCACAUCGGUGAUAUUACGACUUUUCCUAAAUCGACCACUCUAGUCGUCGGGCCAGGUUUCAAGAAUGCCUAUCUACCAGCAUAUCCCACGCGAGCAGAUGUUAUUGAGGAACGUCAUUUGGAGGGUCGGACUUUACGAGAAAUCAACUUUUCUGAUGUGUCUCGAUCAUUGACUAUUGGUGCUUUCGAAGCGUACGACUUCUUUGGUGAUGGCUCAUUCUACCUUCUCCACACGCCUGGUCACACCAUCGGGCAUCUUGCUGGCCUUGCCCGGACCACUAGCAGUCCAGACACCUUCAUCUUCAUGGGCGGCGAUCUCUGUCAUCAUAGCGGGGAGAUCCGGCCAUCCCCUCAUCUUCCCAUCCCAGCGAACAUUCAAUUCCCUCUACCUGACUACCUUCGAGCGCGAAUCUCUGGUUGCCCGGGAGCAGAACAGUUUCACGCGCUGAACCAUAAGCACGGUCGCAAAGCAUAUGAACCCUUUUUCGAGCCUGUUCUUGCCGUCGACAUUCCGCAAGCGAUUCAAACGAUCAAGGACGCCCAGCUAGCAGACGCGCAAAGUAACAUCUUCUUUGUAUUCGCACAUGAUAUGGAAAUCCAGGGAAUUGUCGAUUUUUUCCCACAUCCGGCGAAUGGUUGGAGGGUGAAGGGAUGGAGGGAGAAGUCGUUGUGGAGGUUUUUGGCGGAUCUCACACCGGCUGCUGUAUCAAUUGGCCAGUAGGAAGUUCAACUGGUCGCAUGUAUGAAGUGUGUAGCAGUAUCGUGGUUGUAGCAUCGCGUGGCAUCAUGCGCGUUCAUCGUAAACAAGUCUCAUCUUUCGCGGGAGAGAGUCAGAGACACAUCAAUCAAAACCGCGACAUACGCGUCAUGUGCAUCUCAAACUCAUGUUUCCACGUGAUCUUGACUAUUUAGGUAAUCAUAUAGCUAGGUAUUACUAGACCCGAUUCCAGCGGAUUUAUGAAUGAGAAGGCAGGGGGAUGCGCUAGCACGAUGGGGGAGAGAUAGCGCUAUCAAACACACGCAAUAGGCAAUUAAGCCAGAGAAGAAGUAAUGAUCGAUACUCACGAUGAUGAGAAAUCAGUCAUU